AUGCACAGGCUCUCUUACGAUGACACCCUGGCGACAAUUGCAGAGCUUACACUCGCCGACAUUGACAGCUUUCAGGCCUCCAGGAAAGGCAAGAAAAAUGCGUCCGCCCCCUUAUCUGACGCAGAGUUGGCGUUGCAGCUAUAUGCUGAGGAGGCGCAGCAUCUCCUUGGUGUCGCCAAAGACGUUGUCUUUGCACGUAGCAUCGAUUCUGCUUUGGAUUCAGAUUUUGCCCUUGUAAGUGAACUGGCGCGAGCUGAGGCGAGCGCUUGUCACGAUCGGGACGUGGCCGUUGCCAUUUCAAGAGGUCGCCCCCCGCCUCUUGCCCCGCCUGUCAGCGGUCUACCUGCCUUGUCCAUGCGUUUGUCUGCAUCUUCGAGCAGCUCUCCAAUACCAGAUAAUUUAAACAGUUCUCGGUCAGAAAGGGAGAACAUCCUUUCACCCUCUUCUAGCAGGUCCGUUGCACCAGCCACUCCCCAUAUAUCCGAGACUGCAAAAAAGUUAACACUCAAACCAGAGACUUGUGUUAUCUGCACAGACCGCAUCCACGGGUCUGCCAUCAAAGCCCCUUGUGGACAUUUUUAUGAUGUGGCUUGCCUCACAGAUCUCUUUCGCUCAGCAUCAAAGGACGAGACGUUGUUCCCCCCUCGCUGUUGCACUCAGCCAUUUGUCUUUGCCGACGUUCGACUGCACUUCGAUGCAGAGUUGAGUUCAGUACUCCGAAUCGCGUUUACUGCCAUCGGCCCCAAUGCUCCGCCUUCCUGGGCUCUGCCACGCAGUCGGCAUCCGUCUUCGCUUGCCCCAAGUGCUCCUCAGCAACUUGCGGACGGUGCAAAGCCUCUGCACACGGUGAAAACCUCUGCGCAGAUUCUCAGGACGCCGAUGCGCAGGUGCUCGCUCUGGCAGAGCGGGAAGGCUGGAAGCGUUGCCCGGGAUGUCACAGCCUUGUAG